AUGGUGAGGUCCGCCUCCAUGCAGUUCACCCACUCUGUUUACAACGCGACCAUAUACGAGAACUCUGCUGCUAAGACUUACUUAGAGAGUCACACCAAGAUGGGGAUCUAUAUCACUGACCCGACCUGGGAGAUAAGGUACAAAAUCAUCUCUGGAGACAAUGAGAACUUAUUCAAAGCAGAGGACUAUCUGUUGGGAGAUUUCAGUUUUUUGCGAAUAAGGACCAAAGGAGGCAGCACGGCCAUUCUCAACCGGGAGGUUAAAGACCACUAUAUGCUCACCAUCAAAGCUUCGGAGAGGAACACCAAUUUAGAAUGUCGCACUAGAGUCAAGGUGCAGGUACAAGACACCAACGAUCUUAGGCCACUCUUCUCACCGACAUCCUAUAGCAUCUCUCUACCAGAGAACACAGCUGUACGCGCAAGUGUGGCCAAGGUCAUGGCAACCGACGCAGACAUCGGUACGAAUGGAGAAUACUACUACAGUUUUAGAGAGUGGACGGACAUGUUUGCUGUUCAUCCAACGAGCGGCGUGGUAACGCUGACUGGAAAACUUGACUACUCUGAGACAAAGCUCUACGAGUUGGAGAUCUUGGCUGUGGACAGAGGAAUGAAGCUCUACGGCAGCAGUGGCUUUAGUAGCAUGGCCAAACUUACAGUCAGGGUGGAGCAGGCCAACGAGCAUGCACCUGUAAUUACUGCCUUGGCCCUGAUGCCCUCUGAUUCAGACCAUGAUCCUACGUAUGCCAUUGUGACGGUGGAGGACAAAGACCAGGGACCAAACGGAGAGAUAGCAUCACUAAGCAUUGUUGCUGGUGACCCACUACAGCAGUUUAAGGCUGUGAGAAGUAGCCCUGGGAGCAAAGAAUAUAAGAUAAAAGCGGUCAAAGAUGUGGACUGGGAUAGCCAGCCUUUUGGAUACAACCUCACUUUACAGGCAAAAGACAAGGGCACCCCCCCUCAAUUUUCAUCUGCUAAAUUAGUACACGUCACUUCGGCACAGUUCCAAAAGGGCCCUCCUGUAUUUGAAAAGUCCAUUUACAGAGUUAGCCUUAGUGAAUUUGCCCCUCUUCACACCCCCGUCACCAUGGUAACAGCUGUGCCAAAGUAUCCACAUGUAAAAUAUGCAUUUAAACAAAGUUCAGACAAGAACAGGUUUACCAUCAAUCCGGAUACUGGCUUGAUUAGCACUGGAGGACAAAUCAGUGCAGAUACUUCCCCACAGUUUGAAAUGGAGGUUAUCACCAGUGACAAAAAAGCAGCUACAAAAGUGAUUGUUGAUGUGAUUGAUGUGAAUAACAAUGCACCCGAAUUCCAGCAGACAUCUUACAAGGCCAGUGUUGAUGAGGAUAUGCCAGUUGGGACCAGUGUUGUAACUGUGAAAGCCACAGAUCUAGACAGAGGGGAGAAUGGCUAUGUGACCUACAGCAUUACCAAUCUGAGUCCCCAGCCAUUUGUCAUCGAUUACUUUUCUGGUGUCAUCAGCACUUCAGCAGUCCUCGAUUAUGAGCUAAUGCCCAGGAUUUACAAUCUCAGAGUCAGAGCGUCAGACUGGGGAUCCCCUUUCCGGAGAGAGGUGGAGGCUUCGGUUACCAUAACUUUAAAUAACCUGAAUGACAAUAAGCCUUUGUUUGAAAACAUAGACUGUGAAGUGACUGUGCCCAGAGAUCAUGGCGUGGGAGAGCAGAUAACGACAGCAUCUGCCAUAGAUGCUGAUGAGCUACAGCUUGUGCGAUACAGCAUUAAAUCUGGAAAUGAUCUUGAUCUGUUUGAACUGAAUCCAAACUCAGGGCUGCUUUCACUGAAGCGCACGCUGACUGAGGGAGAGGCAGCUAAAGUGUCUUUUCAUAGUCUGCAAAUUGUAGCCACUGAUGGUGAACAUGAUACCCAGCCUAUGAUCAUGAACAUUACUGUCAUCACCGCACGCAAACCUGUCCAGUUGAAAUGUGUUGAAACCGGCGUGGCAACAAUGUUGGCGGAAAAGCUGCUUCAGGGUGGCAAGAUCCACACACAUAUCGAACCAGAUGACAACUUCAUGGACAUUCACUCAGUCAACCGGUACUCUCCUCAGUUUGCAGACUCCUUUCCAAGUGUGAUUGAGGUUAAAGAGGACCUCCCUGUUGGGGCCCGGAUUGUCCAUCUCAGUGCCACAGACUUGGAUAGCGGCUUUAAUGGCAAAUUAGUGUAUGUUAUUUCGGGAGGAGACACCGAAAGCCACUUUGUAGCUGAUAUGGAAACUGGCUGGCUUUUGAUUUAUUCUCCUCUUGACCGGGAAGUGACAGACCACUACACCCUUAACAUCACAGUUUAUGAUCUCGGGAUACCACAGAAAUCCUCUUCACGUCUGUUGGAUGUGAAAAUCCUAGACGCCAACGAUAAUAGCCCACAGUUUAUGCAAGAUUCUUAUUCUGUGGAAAUAAGUGAGAGCACACCUGUUGGGACAGAGAUUAUCCAGGUGGAUUCGACAGACAAGGAUCAAGGAGAAAAUGGAAAUGUCAAGUAUUCAAUAUUGGGAGGCACCGAUUAUUUUGCGAUCAGUGAGAUAACAGGCGUGGUAACUGUGACAAAGCCAUUGGAUCGCGAGCAAUACCCAUUCUAUAGCUUGAAGAUUGCAGCACGUGACCAGGCAGUAAGUGAGCCUCAGCUGGUGUCCACUGUCCCUCUUAAAAUCACCUUAGAAGAUGUAAAUGAUAAUCCGCCAAAAUUUGUUCCCCCCAAUUACCGCGUGAAGGUGAGGGAGGACCUCCCUAUAGGAACUGUGAUUAUGUGGCUGGAGGCUCAUGACCCUGAUAUUGGACCUUCCAGCCAGGUACGAUACAGCCUUACUGACAAUGGAGACGGGAACUUUGAAGUUGACAAAAUUAGUGGUGCUCUCAGGAUUGUUCAGAAUCUGGACUAUGAGACGAAACAAGUGUAUAAUCUUACAGCAAAGGCCAAAGACAAAGGGAAGCCAAUAUCUUUGUCAUCAGCCUGCUUCAUUGAGGUGGACGUGGUGGAUGUCAACGAGAACCUCUACAGACCUUUGUUCCGAUCAUUUGUGGAAAAAGGAUUUAUUAAAGAGGAUGCUCCCGUCGGGACUUCUGUGAUGACUGUUUCAGCUCACGAUGAGGACACAGGACGAGACGGGGAGAUCCGGUACUCCAUAAGAGAUGGGUCUGGCCUGGGGAUAUUUUCCAUUGAUGAAGAAACUGGUGUAAUUCGAACACAAGAGCUGCUGGAUCAUGAGACGACGCCCCACUACUGGUUAACCGUCUAUGCUAUGGAUCGUGGCGUGGUUCCCCUUUCGGUUUUCGUCGAGGUCUUCAUUGAAGUGCAGGACGUCAACGACAAUGCGCCUCAAACAUCCGAACCCGUUUACUAUCCGUCCGUCGUAGAGAAUUCUCCAAAAGACGUGUCAAUCAUCCAGAUAAAUGCAGUCGAUCCUGAUGCCAAAUCCAGUGAUAAACUCACCUACAAGAUCACCAGCGGUAAUCCUCAGGGCUUCUUCGCCAUAAAUGGAAAGACAGGUCUGGUUUCAACCACUUCAAGGAAACUGGACAGGGAGCAACAGGAUGAGCACAUUCUGGAGAUCACCAUUACAGACCAGGGCGUUCCCCCUAAAUCCACCACCGUCCGCGUCAUCGUCCAGGUUCUUGAUGAAAACGACAACAGACCAUUGUUCUUAGAAAAGAUCUACAAGAUCCAGCUCCCCGAACGGGAGAAGCCAGAGAAAGAGAGAGCCAUGAAGAGAGACCCAGUCUACCGGGUAAUAGCAUCAGACCGCGACGAGGGGCCGAACGCCGAGAUCUCCUAUAGCAUCGAGGAGGGAGACGAGCAUGGCAAGUUUUUUAUCGAGCCCAAGACAGGCCUGGUGUCAUCCAAGAAGUUCUCCUCUGCUGGGGAAUAUGACAUUCUCACAAUUAAAGCUGUGGACAAUGGACGCCCUCAGAGAUCCUCCACCUGCCGUCUACACAUUGAGUGGAUUCCUAAACCCGAAGUGCCAGCCGACGCAGCUCCCCUGCGUUUUGAGGAGUCUCCCUUUACCUUUUCAGUCAUGGAAAGCGAUCCAGUGGCGCACAUGGUGGGCGUAGUGGCCACUGAGUCCUCUGAUGUUCCAAUGUGGUUUGAAAUCACAGAUGGCACAGAGGAUUCUGAGAUGUUUUACAUCCUUCAGAUGGCUUGUGACCACAACUGUACAGCAGAAGGUGGUAAUUACGACAGCCGCUUUGACGUGGGCAAGGCCAGUGGAACCUUGAUCGUAGCACGGCCCCUGGAUGCUGAGCAGAAAUCAAAUUACAACCUGACAGUGGAAGCCACAGAUGGGACACGAACUGUCAGCACUCAGGUGCUCAUCCGUGUCAUUGACACCAACAACCACCGGCCACAGUUCCUCAAUCAGGUUUAUGUAACAAAUGUUCCUGAAGACAAACCACCAGGGACAGAGGUCCUUCAGAUCAGCGCCGUGGACAGGGAUGAGAAAAACAAACUGACCUUCACCCUCCUCAGCAGCACAGAUCCAUUCAGCCUGAGGAAGUUCCGCUUGGACCCAGGAACAGGCACUUUGUACACCACUGAGCGACUCGAUCAUGAAACUAUGCAUCGUCACAUCCUCACUGUCAUGGUGCGAGACCAGGACAUUCCAGUGAAGAGAAACCUUGCACGUGUUAUUGUCAAUGUGGAAGACACAAACGACAAUGCGCCCUGGUUUAUAGCAACGCCUUACUCAGGCCGUGCGUUUGAAUCAGCCGCUAUUGGCACAGCAGUGCUGCAGGUCACUGCUCUCGACAAAGAUAAGGGCAGUAAUGCAGAGAUCAUCUACAGCAUCGAAUCAGGAAAUGUAGCAAACUCCUUUGCUAUUGAUCCUGUCCUUGGAACAAUCACAGUUGCAAAAGAGCUGGAUCGCAGCAGCAAGACAGUGUUUGAACUCCUCGUAAAGGCCUCCGACAGCGGCACCCCACCCCUGUCCACUAGCACUGCCGUCAGCAUCAUUGUAACAGUUUCUGACAACGCAGCCCCCAGAUUCACUGAAAAGGAGUUCUCUACAGAAAUCAGUGAAUCGGCCCCUCCAGGAAGUUUUGUGAGCUCCAUCGCAUCCGUCAGCCAGUCCUCUGUCUUCUACCAAAUCAAAGGUGGAAACUUUGACAACAUGUUUGAUGUAAAUCCAAACUCUGGAGUGGUGGUAACACAGCAAGCUUUAGAUUACGAGACCACCCCUCAAUACAAGCUCACCAUACAGGGCACAAACAUGGCCGGACUCUCCAGCAACACAACACUUACCAUCCACCUGAAAGACGAAAACGACAACGCUCCAGUUUUCACCCAGAGGGAAUUCAAGGGGGUGAUCAGCGAGUUAGCCCCCGUCGGGAGUGUUGUUCUGACCCAGAAAAACAGCCCCUUUGUCAUCCAUGCCUCUGAUGUUGAUUCUGAGAAGAAUGCCAGGCUCAUUUAUCAAAUAGUGGAACCCUUUGCUCAUAACUAUUUUGCCAUCGAUUCCAGCACGGGAGCCAUCAAGAUAACAACAGCUCUGGACUAUGAGCAGAGGAACGUCUUCCACUUCACAGUUCAGGUCCAUGAUUUAGGAACGCCACGACUCUUUGCAGAGAACGCAGCCAAUGUGACCAUUGAAGUAAUUGAUGUAAAUGACUGUUCACCGAUUUUCAGUCAAGAGGUGUAUGAAACCAGCAUCAUUUUGCCAACAUACAAAGGAGUAGAAAUAAUCCAAGUAAAUGCCACUGAUGCAGACUCUGGGCCUAACUCUAAACUUCUCUUUUCCAUCUCUGAGGGAAACAUUGGUGAUAAGUUCAAAAUGGAUCCAGUGACAGGCAUCAUCGCUAUUCAGAACGUCACACAGCUCAGGAGCAGAUAUGAAUUAAAGGUUAGGGUUUCUGAUGGGAGGUUUGCCACUGUUGCAACUGUGAAGAUCAGUGUUAAGGAAAAUAAGGGCAGUAAGAUGAAGUUCACCCAGGAGGCCUACAAAGCAUACAUUCAGGAAAAUUCUUCUGACAAGAAAACCCUGGCAGUGAUCGCUGCUAUUGGGAACCAAGUGAAUGAGCCUUUGUUCUAUAGAAUUUUGAACCCUGACAGCAGGUUUAAAAUCAGUCGCACAUCUGGGGUUAUCUCAACCACCGGCAUUCCCUUUGACCGUGAAGCACAAGACAGCUAUGACAUUGUGGUUGAGGUCACCGGAGAGGAUCCGACUGAAGAUGCUGCUCAUGUUUUAGUUACUGUGAUCGUGGAAGAUGUGAAUGACAACAAACCUAUGUUUGUGAACCUUCCCUAUCACGCCCUGGUCCAAAUCGAUGCAGAGGAAGGCCAGGUCAUACGUCAGGUCACAGCAGUGGACAAAGAUGUGGGCCAAAAUGCAGAUAUCCAUUAUUACUUACAGGAGCAUCAAGAGCACUUUGAGAUGAGUCGAUCUGGGGAAAUCUUGCUGAAUAAGAAGCUGGAGAAAGACUCACUCAACACAGACUUUGUUAUAGUUGUUGUGGCAAAGGAUAAUGGAGAACCAGCUCUCUCAGCAGCAGUAGAAGUGCCCGUACGAGUGGUGAACAAAGCAAUGCCUGUGUUCGAGAGGCCUUUUUACAGCAUUGAAAUCCCUGAAAACAUUCAGUUGCACUCUCCUGUGCUCCAUGUGCAGGCCAAUGACUCUGAAGGCCCUCGCAUUGUGUACACCAUCUCUGAGGGAGAUCCUUUCAAACAGUUCUCAAUAGAUUUCAACACUGGCGUCAUUCAUGUGAUCCAGUCUUUGGACUUUGAGACACAUCCCGCCUAUAAGUUAAACAUAAGAGCCACAGACUCGCUGACUGGAGCCCACUCUGAGGUGUUUGUAGAUAUCAUACUGGAGGACGUAAAUGAUAACGCUCCUGUCUUCAUGUCAAAGGCUUAUUAUGCCAAUAUUUCUGAGGCCUCUGUCAUCGGUACGUCAGUUUUGCAGGUGGAUGCCAAAGACUCCGACACUGGAAAUAACAAGGAAGUGUUCUUUCAGCUGGUUGAGGAGAGGGGUAAGAGCUCAGAGUACUUCACCAUUGACCGUGACACAGGAAUAAUCUCCACGGUUAAAGUCCUUGAUCAUGAGGAGAUCCAGCAGCACAAGCUGAGAGUGCGUGCGGUGGACGGCGGAGUUCCAGCCCUCUCCAGCGAUGUAUUUGUGACGAUCGACGUUGCUGACCUGAAUGACAAUGCUCCCGUAUUUACACAGCACACGUACAAAACCACCAUCAGCGAAUUAGCACCACGUGGACACUUUAUCAGCCAAGUCCAGGCGUCAGACGCUGACAGUUCAGAUGUAAACAAGUUGGAGUUCUCAAUUAUCUCUGGAAACGAAGAGCAGAACUUUGCCAUCAACAAACAAACCGGAGCCAUCGUCGUUUCAAACCACCGCAGGCCACAUAUGCUGCCUCUGUACCAUCUUAAUGUGUCGGUGUCAGAUGGUGUAUUCAGAAGCUCGGCGCUUGUCUUAGUGACAGUGAUUGGUGCCAACUUCCACAGCCCCACUUUCUCUCAGGUGGACUAUUUGGUAGAGCUGAUUGAGAACUCGCCGGUUGGUACCUUGGUAGCAGAGGCAGAGGCCACAGAUGAUGAUGAAGGCAUUUAUGGACAAAUAUCAUACCAGAUUGUCAAUGACUUUGCAAAAGAGAAGUUCACUGUAAAUGAAAGAGGAGAGAUUUUCACUCUGGAAAGCCUCGAUCGUGAAAACACAGUUGAGAAGGUUAUUCCUAUCUCUUUAAGAGCUCAAGAUGGUGGUGGAAAAGUAGGCUUUUGCGUUGUCAAUGUCAUUGUUACUGAUGCAAAUGAUAAUGCGCCACAAUUCAGAGCAGUUGAGUACAAAGCCACGAUUGCAUCAGAUGUUCUAAGAGGAACCUCUGUGCUUAAAAUCGCUGCCUCAGACAUGGAUGAGGGGAGCAAUGCUGACAUCGAGUAUUCACUUGAAGCAGAUGUUGAAAAUGUGGGUGAGAAUUUUGAAAUCCACAAAACCUCCGGAGUCAUUGUUACCAAAGAAAGCCUCAUUGGACUUGAAAAUGAACUCUAUGCAUUCUUUGUGAGAGCUAAGGACACUGGGAACCCACCCCAACAUUCGGUUGUACCGGUUUACAUCAGGAUUGUCUCAUCGGAAACUCCAAUUCCCAAAUUUGCAGAACUGCAAUAUCGCCAUACUGUUGCUGAGGACCUUCCCAUCGGGACAGAGAUAGUUGUGAUUCAGGCUGAGGCCGAGCAGCCACUUGUUUACAGCCUUGUGAAUGGCAACACUCCAGAGAGCAAUGAAGAUGAAGUGUUUGUGGUUGACAGAGACAGUGGAGCCUUGAAGCUGCAAAAGAGCCUUGACCAUGAGACCACCAAAUGGUACCAGCUCACUUUGGUCGCCCAAAGCAAAUACGAAGAUAACGAGAUUGUUUCCUCUGUAAUUGUCAACGUCCAGGUGAAAGAUGUUAAUGAUAACAAGCCAAUCUUUGAAGCAGACCCUUAUGAGGCUGUGACAGCGGAAAACCUCCUAAGUGGUACUCAAGUGAUUCAAGUCAAAGCCACCGACCUCGACUCUGGAGCCAACGGCCGUGUGGUCUACAGCCUGGAUCCCAAGCAGAACUCCCCGGAGAUCUCCGAGCUGUUUGCCGUGAAUGGCGAAACUGGAUGGGUGACCACCUUGAAAGAGCUGGACCGAGAAAGCACAGACAAAUACACAGUUGCUGUCAUUGCCACGGACCAAGGCGAUGUGGUCCAGCACGUUACCGGCACCACAGUGGAGGUAACAGUAGCCGAUGUGAACGACAACCCGCCGCGCUUCACCGCAGAGAUCUACAAAGGGACGGUCAGUGAGGAUGACCCGCCCCCCAGCGGGGUAAUCGCCAUCCUCAGCACCACAGACAGUGACUCUGAAGACAUUAAUAAGCAAGUGAAUUACUUUAUCACAGGAGGUGACCCACUCGGCCAAUUUGCCAUUGAGCACAUCCAGAAUGAAUGGAAAGUCUCUGUCAGGAAGCCCUUGGACCGUGAAGUGACAGACAAUUAUCUCCUCAACAUUACUGCCAGUGAUGGCAUCUUCACUGCCAAAGCUGUUGUGGAGGUCAAGGUGCUGGAUGCCAAUGACAAUGACCCAGUUUGUGAAAAGUUUGUCUACAGUGAAAGCGUCCCGGAGGACUCCCCGGCUGGCAGGCUCAUCUUGCUGGUCUCCGCCACAGAUUCUGACAUCCGCUCAAAUGCCCAAAUCUCUUAUGAGCUCCAGGGAGCUGGAUCUGAACUGUUCAUCAUUGACUCUGUCACAGGGGAACUGAAGACCAAGGAACCCUUGAACCGAGAGGAGCAGUUCGAACAUAAGUUCAGAGUGCGAGCGGUGGAUGGAGGAGGGAGGUACUGUGAAGCUGAAAUCCACAUCACGGUGGAGGAUGUCAACGACAACUUGCCGCAGUUCUCAUCCGACCCGUACACCAUCACGGUGUUUGAGAACACUGAGACGGGCACAUACGUUGCCAAGCUGCAGGCAAAUGAUCUUGAUACUGGUCUGAAUGGGGACAUCCUCUACUCGUUGGUUGACUCGGCCGAAGGAGCUUUCUCCAUUGACCAGCACACUGGGGUAAUGACCCUGGAGCGCCCCCUGGACCGCGAAGUGCAGUCGGUGUACGAGCUGAAGGCUCGCGCCAGCGACCAGGGUUCCCCGCGCCUGUCCUCCCUCUGCGCGGUGGUGGUGUCCGUCCUGGACAUCAACGACAACCCGCCGGUGUUCGAGCUCCGCGAGUACACGGCCACCGUGCCCGAGGACGUGGCCGUGGGCACUCAGGUGCUGAGAGUCCUGGCGGCCAGCCGCGACGCCGACGCCAACGGCGAGAUCUCCUACAGCAUCAUCAGUGGGAAUGAGCACGGCAUGUUCAGCGUGGACCCCCGCACGGGUGACGUCUUUGUGAUUGAGACGUUGGACUAUGAGGUCUCUCAUGAAUACUACAUUACCAUAGAGGCAACAGAUGGCGGUGCCCCACCGCUCAGCGACAUGGCCACUGUGAACAUCAACCUGACUGAUGUCAAUGACAACAGGCCUGUCUUCAGCCAGGACAUUUACACCACUGUCAUCAGCGAGGACACUGAGCUGGGAAAGACCGUGUUAGCGGUGAUGGCUGAGGACGCUGACGGCCCUUCUUUCAAUCACAUCCGCUACUCAAUUGUGGAUGGUAACCAAGGUAGCCCGUUCACCAUUGAUCCGCUGCGAGGGGAGCUUAAAGUUGCUCGCCAGCUGGACAGAGAAAGGACGUCUGGGUACACUCUGACGGUGGUCGCCUCAGACAACGGGGUGCCCCCCCUUUCCAGCAGUGUCAUGAUCAACAUCGACAUCUCAGACGUCAAUGAUAACCCACCCCUAUUCUCCCAGGCCAACUACAGCCUCAUCAUCCAGGAGAACCAGCCAAAAGGCACCAGUGUUCUUCAGCUCACUGUGAGCGAUCGAGACGCCUCUCACAACGGCCCACCUUUCACCUUUACCAUCGUGGACGGAAACGAAGACGCUGCUUUCCACAUCAAUCAGCAGGGAGCUCUGGCGACCACGGGGGUUCUGAGUAGGAAAAAUAAAGAACACUACUUACUUCAAACUCAGGUGUCGGACAGUGGCAAACCCCAGCUCUUCUCUACCGCCUUCAUUAGUGUGCGCAUAAUUGAAGAGAGCGUUUAUCCGCCCACAGUACUUCCACUGGAUAUUUUUGUCACUAUUGCCGGUGACGAGUACCCCGGAGGUGUCCUGGGCAAGAUCCACGCCACAGAUCAAGACAUCUACGACACUCUGACCUACAGCCUCGCCCCCUCGGCCUCGUCCACGGACGAGAGCGCUGCCCUGUUCUCCGUGUCAGGCUCGGACGGUAAAGUCAUCGCUCAGCAGCCGCUGGACGUGGGCCAUUACCCCCUAAAUGUGACAGUGACUGAUGGGCGCUUCACAACGCCCGCCGACGUCACCGUGCACGUGCGCCAAGCAGCGGCCCAGGCCCUGGACAACUCCAUCGCUGUGCGCUUUGCCAACAUUGCCCCGGAGGAGUUCAUCGGAGACUACUGGCGCAACUUCCAGCGAGCGCUGAGAAACAUCGCGGGGGUCCGGAGGAGUGAGGUCCAGUUGGUGAGCCUGCAGCCGUCAGAGCAGGGAGAUCUGGAGGUCCUGCUGACACUGGAGAGAUCUGGCAGCCCGUACCAAUCUCAGGAGGUCGUCUUCCGCAAGCUGAACUCUUCUGCAGCCGUAAUCGAGGAGAUGACGGGCGUCCGCAUUGUGCGUGUGGUGCAGAAGCUUUGUGCUGGUCUGGAUUGCCCGUUGCAUUUCUGCGAUGAGGUCAUAUCCCUGGACAAAACGGCCAUGUCCACCUACAGCACGUCCCGCCUGAGCUUUGUCACCCCGCGACACCAGAGAACCGCGACCUGCCAGUGUGACGGUGGUACGUGUCCUGUGCUGAACAACCUGUGUGAGAACAACCCCUGUCCAGAGGGUAUGGAGUGUGUAGCCGAUCCCAGAGAUUCUGUGUACAGCUGUGUGUGUCCCGAAGGCAAAAAGGGCAAAUGCUCCGAAGGCCACUCGCUUACAUUCAGUGGAAGCGGUUAUGUAAAGUAUCAUCUGAUGGAGAACGAGAACAAGGAGCUGAUGAAGCUGUCACUGAGGCUCAGGACCUUCUCCAGCCAUGCUACCGUCAUGUACGCAAAAGGGACAGAUUACAGCAUCCUUGAGAUUGUAAACGGGCGUAUGCAGUACAAGUUCGACUGCGGCAGUGGUCCCGGCCUGGUGUCGGUCCACAGCGCCCAGGUCAACGACGGCGAGUGGCACUCCGUGUUCCUGGAGGUGGACGGGAACUACGCCAAACUGGUUCUGGACCAGGUGCACGCUGCCUCCGGCACAGCCCCGGGCACCCUGCGUACCCUCAACCUGGACAACAGCAUUUACUUCGGCGGCCACGUCCGCCAGCUAAGCUCGCCCCGCCUCGGCCGCAGCCUGCCCGUCACCAACGGGCUGCGCGGCUGCUUGGAGGCCCUCACGCUGAAUGGCCAGGAGCUACCUCUCAACACCAGAUCGCACUGGGCCCACGCCGUGCUGGAGGACAUUGUGGACGUGGCACCGGGCUGUGCGCUCGCCCCUGCUGAGAGCUGCUCCAGCAACCCCUGUACCAACGGGGGGAGCUGCACCUCGCUGCCCAGCGGAGGCUACUUCUGCAAGUGCCCUGCCUCCUUCAUGGGCACACACUGUGAGAUCGCCAUCAGUCCUUGUGCCUCCAACCCCUGCCUGUACGGGGGCUCCUGUGUUCCUCGUGCUGAUGACUUCUACUGCCAGUGCAGAGGGCAGUACUCAGGACAGAGGUGUCAGCUGGGGCCCUACUGCAGAGACAACCCCUGUAAAAAUAGUGGGAAGUGCAUCGACAGUCUGGACGGUCCAGUGUGUGAGUGUGAAGCAGGAUUCCAGGGAGACCGGUGCCUGAGUGAUGUUGAUGAGUGCUUAAAGAACCCCUGUGCCAACGGAGCCCAGUGCCAAAACACCUACGGCUCCUUCAGGUGUAACUGCUCGGCCGGGUUCACCGGGCCCAUGUGCGAUCUUCACGCUGAGGUCCGAAACGAAUUAGUCUCUACCCCCUGGAACAUCGGCUUGGAAGAGGUGAUCGGCAUCGUGGUCUUUGUAUCCAGCAUCUUCAUCCUAGUCCUCCUGUUCAUCAUAAUCCGCAAGAAGGCCUGUCGCAGGAGGUCAAAGACCGACGACAGCGACAAGCACCCCGGGGGGUCCACCAUGCCUCACUCCUUCCUCCAGAGACCUUACUUUGACUCCAAGCUCAACAAAAACAUCUACUCAGACAUCCCCCCCCAGGUGCCCGUGCGUCCCAUCUCCUACACUCCCAGCAUUCCGAGCGACUCACGGAACAACCUGGACAGAAACUCGUUCGAGGGCUCUGCCAUUCCCGAGCAUCCGGAGUUUUCCACCUUCAACCCAGACUCCGUUCACGGCCAUCGCAAGACCGUGGCCGUGUGCAGCGUGGCGCCUAACCUCCCGCCCCCCCCACCCUCCAACUCAGUCUCCGACAGCGACUCCAUCCAGAAGCCAAACUGGGACUAUGACUAUGACACUAAAGUGGUGGACCUGGACCCAUGUCUGACCAAGAAGCCUGUGGAGGACAGCGCCUGUCCCACAGGCUACAACACCAGAGGCAGCAUGUCAGAGGUCCACUCCCUCAGCUCCUUCCAGUCCGAAUCCUGUGAUGACAAUGGAUAUCACUGGGACACAUCUGAUUGGAUGCCAAGUGUUCAACUUCCUGAAAUCCAGGAGUUUCCGCAUUACGAGGUUGUGGAGUCACCUGCCCCUCCGUACAGUGACCCCAGUGCCAUGGACACCGAUUAUUACCCCGGGGGGUUAGACAUCGAGAGCGACUUCCCUCCGCCGCCAGAGGACUUCCUCGCCAACAACGACCUGCCGCCGCCCCCUCUGCCCGAGUACAGCGACCGCUGCGACACCCUGCGGCCCCCGGCCAGAGAGCUGGACCCCGCCGGUCCGGCCGCGGUCCGCCAGCGCCCGGCCCUGCCGCAGCUCUACAGCCUCAACCAGUACCUGCCGCACCACUCCUACCCCAGCGAGGGGGGCGGGGCCCAGGCCCAGGGCGCCGCCUCCCCCCCGCCCACCGCCACCCCGGCGUCCAGCAUGGGCCCCGGCGGCUACAGAGGGGGCUACGCCUUAGGCUGCGGCCGGGACUUCGACUCCUCGGCGCUGGACAGCAUGUCCAUGUCUCUGUACACAUCCACCGCCUCCUGCUCGGACAUGUCGGCAUGCUGCGAGGAGUCGGAGGCCAUGAUAAGCGACUACGAGAGCGGCGACGAGGGCCACUUUGAGCGGCUGGCCAUCCCGGCGCUGGACUCCCAACAGCACACUGAAGUCUGA